AUGAUUAGAUAUGACGCAGUCAUUGGUCCAUUUUUUAUGAUUGAGAAUCCAGCCAAGACUGAGUGCCGCCUAGCUUUGCUUAAUACCAAUACGCACUUGACCUCGGGAGUCAAAUACGGUGCUGAUUUCCUUAUCUAUUUAGGAGACCCUAAAAUCGUCCAUUCUUCUUUUACCCUCAACACUGAUCGGCCUAUCUCUUUCAAACUCCUCGCCGGGCUGGUUCGUGUUUCAUCCUCAACGAAGAAAGACACUGUUCUGUACACACAAGACAAAACAGCUCCUUUCCUGAAGUUUAGUCGGUUCUUCCUUUAG